AUGCACGACCUUCCAUGGUUGGCUGAUCUAUACUUUCUCAAGCUUUAAUACAAAAAUUUACAAUUAGCCGUUUUGUUUACGUAUAUUUCACAACCACCGGGUGUCGAUUAUCACUGGGGGAUGUUCAGCAGUGCUGUCAAGUGCCUUUGGAUUUGUCCUGUUAUUAGACAAAGAAAUAUGUCUACCAGCAGUCUUGCAGGAAAGGUAGCUAUUGUCACUGCCUCGACGGAUGGGAUUGGUUUAGCUGCAGCCCAAGCCUUGGGGAAGAAAGGAGCCCAUGUAGUAGUGAGCAGCCGACGCCAGGCAAAUGUGGACAGAGCUGUGGCCCUGCUUCAGAGACAGAACAUCCAAGUGACUGGUACCACUUGUAAUGUGGGAAAAGCAGAGGACAGAGAAAGACUUAUUGAAGUGACUCUUCAAAAAUAUGGUGGCAUUGACAUUUUAGUGUCAAACGCAGCCGUCAACCCUUUCUUUGGAAACACACUGGAUUCCACAGAGGAGGUUUGGGACAAGAUUCUGUCCAUAAAUGUGAAAGCAUCUUUUUUGUUGACAAAGUUGGUGGUGCCUCACAUGGAGAAACUUGGAGGGGGGAGUAUAGUGUUUGUUUCAUCCAUAGCUGGAUAUCAACCAAUGCCGGCUUUGGGUCCAUACAGUGUAAGUAAAACAGCCUUGCUUGGUCUGACCCGAGUGCUAGCCCCAGAGCUGGCCUCUAGUAACAUUCGCGUCAACUGUGUGGCACCUGGAAUAAUCAAGACACGCUUCAGUUCAGCUUUAUGGCAAAAUGAAGACAUAAUGGAUGACUUCAAGAAGCAGCUCAGUAUUAAAAGAGCUGGGGACCCAGAGGAAAUUGGUGGGGUGAUUGCCUUCUUGUGCUCCAAGGAAGCUUCAUAUAUUACAGGAGAAACAAUUACAGUGACUGGAGGAAUGAGUGGACGUCUGUAAACUACUUUUUACAAAUUUGCAACUAUUAUGCAUUUGUAAAUAUUUAUAUUUUCCAUACACAUUAAUGUAAUUAAAUAUUGAGGCCAAUCUAUAUAAAGUCAAUGGCAUCUUUGCAUUAUACUGCAAAAAACCUAAAAUACAUGUAUUUUUAUUUAAAUAUAAAGUUACAAUACAGUUUACAAUUGAUUAUGUGGGAUUAAAAUAUUAAAACAUUAAAAUUCAACAUACAUAUAUCCUUAAAAUGACUUAAUUACAUAAUAUAGCGUGGUUUAAAUUAAGUUUAUUUUUUUCCCAUGAUGAGAGAGCACCUGAACUGAAUUAAUGUAGAUAUAUUGAUGGUGGUGAUAUGGUGAUAAUUGCCGUUUCAAAGUCCUUAAAAUGUCCAUUCAUCGCUGUUUACUGCCAGGACCAAGAAGGGUGCGCCUCUCUGCACAUGGUUUCCAAUACUCCCUCAAAGUAGGAACAUAUGUGCCAUGCUUGGUUUUACAAUAGCGUUUAGCAAAAAGCUGUCGUAAAAUAUAAUUGUCACAAAUAUUCAAUAAAGUUAAUAAGUUUAUGUAUGAUAUUGUGAUAAAUUAACUCAUACCCGUCCUUUAAAGUUCUUUGUAGCUUCAUCUUCAGAAUCAGCAACAUAGUCUUCAUUUUCUCCUGGGGAGUCCUGAUGUUCUGCAAAAUCAAAUUCAAAUGUCAAA